AUGCAGCAGGCUUCAGCAACCUCGUUCUUCCCUACAGCAAAGGAACUAUCGAGCGGUGUUCAAUGGUUUAAAGACCAUCCUGUCCUAGCUGCGGCUGCUGCCACUGCUGUCUCGGUCAUCACGUACCUCAAUACGCUAGAAUUAUCUGAAACGGAUGCUGAACGACCAGGCGACGGCGUAGAUGUAGAGCUUGCGAUCUCCACUAGACAUAGAAGAUCAUUAUCUCUUCGCCGCAAAGGAUCGCCGGGGGUGGCUAGUGACAGUAAACUAUCUGCUGCUGUUAGCUGGUGCGAUGAGCAUGGGGGAAGUCUCACGCAGGUGUUUGAAGACGACACGCCACCAUGUAUUCAACUGGACAGAAGUCACGAAGACGGUGAUACCGACGACGAAGCUCGAGAUGGUGUGGCUGAGAGUUACAAAAAUGCUUUUCAGCAGCAUAAAGUACUCACGAGUGGACUGCGCAAGAGUGUGACGCAGCAACAGCUAGAUGCAGUAAACACAUGGCACGUGUUGUCGUCAAGCCUAUGCAACGUUCAACUUCCUGAUUGA